AUGGCUCGUCUGCUCAGUCUCGCCGCUUUCAUCACCUCUGUCCUGACAGCGGCCCUCGACACCCGCCAAGCAGGCGCUGGUCUCAGAACCGACAACUACGAUGGUCUUACCACCGUUCCUGCGGUGCCGCAACUUUCCUUGAUAGGCCAAUACAACGGUCUUGAUUACAAGGGAUGGACUGUAGCCCAAGGUGGCCUCCCACUCCCCAACCUCUGUCUCCUCGGCGACCGUCUCUGCCUUGCAACCUUCAGCUACGGCCUCAAACCCCAAAGCCCCGCCAAAAUCGCCGUAACAGGUCUCGUCCAAACCGUAACUCAAAUCGGCCUGGUCUCUCUCCGCCCGUUCGGCACAAUUUCCGCCGUCCCCUCUCAAGGCGUCAACUCUUACAAUCUGAUAUCCUUCUAUUUCGGCUGCAUCGGAUUCACUGCAGAAUCCCUCGUCACAUUUUCCAGUCGCUGCAGUAUUACCGUGACAGGUUUCUAUACCACUGGCGUGCAAGCCCCAACCUUGAAGUUUACGUUUGUCCCAACUUCGGCUACGGAGUCGCAGUUGACGAAGGCCGUGUUGCCGGCUAGUUAUUCUGCUUCGCUUGCUGGGUUGAAGAAUGUUACGAUUGGGAUUGCGGAGGCGGAUUGGACUCCUGCGUUGACGGUUUUGGGAGUUGAUGAUCUAGUGCAUCUGAACCGGGUCAUUUGA